AUGGCUUCUGCUAUCGAAGGAGAAUUGAGAUUGAUAUUUGCUGGCGCCGGCUCUAAAAUUAAUCCCUGCCCACCGUCAGAGCAAAGCCGUUUCGUCGAACAGGGCCCCCUUGAGCCAGUCCCCAUCAAUCAGCAAUCCGAACUACCAUUUUCAGGGCGUGUUGAAAGUCAACUAACUCCGCUCGUUAUGGAUGUCCCACCGAUCCUACGACUUCCAACAGAGAUUCUAACUUUAAUCUUUGAAAACGUGGCCUCCAGCUACCACGAGACCCGGAAGACCCUGCGGAAGUUUGCGUUCAUCUGUCGUCGCCUCACGCAGAUUGUACUUCCUCUGUUAUAUCGUGACGUGUUGGUCAGGGUGGCGGCCGGCAGGGCCCUAGAAGCUCUGUUCGCCGUGCUACAAAAGCGGCCACUAUACUGUGAAAUUGUCAGAGGACUUGUGAUUCAGAUGGACGAUUCCAUCGAUAUCCACAGACGCAACCUGUAUAUUACGUGCGAUAUUAUCACCUGUCUCACCAAUGUCAGAGCCUUGACCUUUCGUGGGGGCUGGGAGCGUUACCCGGACCAAACGUGGGGCCUGGUUCACCGGGCAUCUCGGAGCAUGCCAGCACUGGAGACUUUGUCUCUAAACCGUAUGGGGGAAGGCUUGACCGUCCGGGACAUACUCGAAAUUGUGCAGAUGCCCAACCUGCGCCAACUGGAGCUUAGUGGAAUUGAUUUUCGGACCCCGGGGCGCACUGCGAGGGCAGAAAGACAGGCGAAGAGGCCCUCCUGCCAACCAGAUAGCACGAAGGGCACUGCUCAGUUCUCCAGCCUUCACAUUCAGGACUACGAUGUUAAGUCCGCGGCAUUCCAAGAGCUGAUUCUCUGGCCUAAGGCCUUGAUCCAUUUCCACGCCUCGAUCUUGUGGGAUAGCAGUCCGGAAUGCCAGGUUGAUCUCUCGAUGCUUAGCACAUGGCUCUUUGCCCACAAGGACACUUUGCAAACCAUCGAUAUUACAUUCAUUGAUUCCUUGCAUUCAGGCAAGCUUUUCCAGACCAGGGGAUUCAUCGCCCUGGAGCGCCUGACGCUGCCCUGGUGGCAGAUCCGAAGAUAUGGUAGUUGGCAGCAGGAGGACGAAAGAGACCCGCCAUUCAUCUUUCUACCCGCCCACACGGACGCUCUUCUCUGCGCGCCCCGUCUCACGACCCUCAAUCUGGACUAUGGCCUGAGUGUCCACGGUGUGGAUUCCUGUGACACGUUCGGGGAGGUCGAGGCCCGCUGGAUCCUGGAGUUGGCCCGCGCGGCAUGGGCGAAACAGGCCGCGCUCCGAACGAUCUGCGUUAGGUACAGACCGGAGCCGCAUCGUCUCGACGAGGUUUUGGAGUAUCCAUGGGAUCGUCUAGUCCGACUCCGGGAGGAUCUCCAACCGCUGGGAAUCAGAUUGGAGUGGGAUGAGCCGUCGUUCUCGGAGGAGGAGUGGAUUCAGGCGCGCAUGCAGGCCUCCCCGCCAUGGGAGGCGAUGCGUGGGAGUGAAAGUCCCCCGCUGGAUGAUGGGAUGCUGUUUGGUUGCGGGCUGUCGAAGAACGGUGAGCCUAGUGUGGAGGAACAGGAGGCCUGGGAGUACGCUCACAGGGCAAUCAGAUAA